UGCAGAGGCAAGUGGGUUGGCUUCUCUCGUUCUCUCCCUUGAUUUCUUCCCAGUCAACACGCCAAGCGAGAAACCACCCAAACCCUCAUUCCUCCUUCCAGGAAAAACCUUCUCAGAUUCCCCAUUCCUACGUCUCACAACCAAGUCAGCAGAUUAAAUUUUCGUCUAAUUUGAUGCAAUCGAACUGAAACCGUCGUCCUAAUCUACGAAAUGUCUUCGGAGAUUGAGGUCGUCGAGGAGGUUCAAUCUUCUUCCCACCAAUCUGGUCGCGGUGCUGCUGCAACCAAUGGAGGAGAGGGAAAUGGUUUUCUUGCUGAUGACAGUUUGAGGAACGAUGUAUACACUGCGGCUGCCUAUGGGGAUUUGGAGAAACUCCACAGAUUGGUGGAGUGCGAGGGCUGCUCUGUGUCCGAACCUGAUGCGCUAGGUUACUAUGCACUCCAGUGGGCUGCUUUGAAUAACAGGACCGCUGCUGCUCAGUUUAUUAUCGAGCAUGGUGGGGAUGUAAAUGCUGCAGAUCACACUGGGCAGACUGCACUGCACUGGAGUGCUGUCCGGGGUGCAAUACAAGUUGCUGAAGUUUUACUUCAAGAGGGUGCUCGUGUGGAUGCUGUUGAUAUAAAUGGUUAUCAGACAACACAUGUUGCUGCUCAAUAUGGUCAGACUGCCUUUCUCUAUCAUAUUGUUUCAAGAUGGAAUGCUGACCCUGAUGCUCCUGAUAAUGAUGGAAGAAGUCCUUUGCACUGGGCUGCUUAUAAAGGUUUUUCUGAUUGUAUACGUCUACUUUUAUUUCUGGAUGCCUAUAGAGGACGCCAGGACAAAGAGGGUUGCACUCCUCUCCAUUGGGCAGCUAUUAGGGGUAACCUAGAAGCUUGCACGGUACUAGUGCAAGCUGGUAAGAAGGAGGACCUAAUGGUUACUGAUAACACUGGCCUAACACCAGCACAGCUUGCAGCUGAUAAAAAUCACAGACAAGUUGCUUUUUUCCUUGGAAAUGCUAGACGGUUGCUUGAAAAACGGUGUGAUGGAAACAGCCAUUUUGGACGACUUUCAAAAUUAGGACUUGCACCCAUACUUUGGCUUGUAAUCUUGCUCCUGCUCAUGACCUAUAUUCAAUCCGUUUUAGUGACAUCAUAUCUGCCAAAUUUAACAACUGCAUCUGGCCUUUUUGCAUGGUUGGGUGUCUUACUAGCAUCUGCCGGGCUGGUUAUGUUUUAUAGGUGUAGCAGCAAGGAUCCCGGUUAUAUCAGGAUGAAUGGUCAUGGUUCACAAAGUAUGAAAGAUGAUGAACCCCUGUUAAGGAUUAAAAUUAAUGAUCCUGCUUUGGUUGCUGGUAACUGGUCUCAACUUUGUGCAACAUGCAAGAUUGUCAGGCCUCAUCGUGCAAAGCAUUGUUCUACAUGUGACCGUUGUGUUGAACAAUUUGAUCAUCAUUGCCCUUGGGUUUCUAAUUGUGUUGGCAAGAAAAACAAAUGGGAUUUCUUUAUCUUUCUUGUUUUAGAAGUCUCAGCAAUGUUAGUUACUGGUGCAGUUACUCUGACAAGAAUUUUGACUGAUCCAGUAGCUCCCUCUUCAUUCGGUGCAUGGAUAAAACAUGCUAGCACUCAUCACAUUGGUGCCAUAUCCUUUUUAAUUGUGGAUUUUUUCCUCUUCUUUGGUGUGGCAGUAUUAACUAUUAUACAAGCGUCUCAGAUAUCUCGCAACAUAACGACAAAUGAAAUGGCAAAUGUAAUGCGUUAUAGCUACCUCAGAGGCCCUGGUGGUCGAUUUAGAAACCCAUAUGACCAUGGAUGUAAGAAGAACUGUUCAGAUUUCUUGAUCCGUGGUUAUAAUGAAGAUGUGGAGUAUGUUGAAGAUCCAGAACAAUCCGAGGGAAUUGGUAUGAGGCAUAUGUCAAGGAACGCAAACAUUCAAAAUGGAGAUGCACAUACUCAUACAAAGGGCAACAGCCAUGUCUCCAUUAAUGUUAAUUCUAAGAACGCCAAUGGGCACCAAGGUCAUGUUCAUUCUUCCCAUUGCAGCCACGGUAACCAUGGCAAGUCAAAAAUUGAGAGGGUUCCGUUGGGUUUGGGUCUUGGUCUGGGACUAGGGCGGAAUAAUGCACGUUCUGUUCUGACUGCAUGACAUCAUGUGUGAUAGAGAGGAUUAAAUGGAUGUGUAUUGUAUCUUAAGCACAAAAAUUAUACAGCCUUUGUAUCGUAAUUUAAUUGAUUGUUGCUCUCUUUAUUUGCUCAAAGAUUGUGCAAGCAAUUCUUAUU